AUGAGCAUCACGCAGACCAGCACAGCGGCGACCGACAACACAGCUCUGAACUCGGCCGAAAAGCUGCUAGAUAAACUCCCUGCACAACAUGUUCAGCCUCUCUGGACGGCCAUGCGAGCCAUGGUCACCCCGCAGCCAUCUCCAAAGGCUGAAGUCGCAGUAUGGAGAUACAAUGAGCUACGCCCGCUUUUGCUUGAGGCUGGCGAUGUGGUGAGCAGCGAAGAGGCCGAGAGACGAGUUCUCAUGCUCAUAAACCCUGCGCUGAGAGCGCCCUUCACAACCGACACCGUCUACGCAGGUCUUCAACUCAUCAAUCAAGGCGAGACUGCACCCGCUCACAGGCAUCGUGCGUUUGCGCUACGUUUCAUCAUUGAAGGCAGCCGCGGCUUUACUGCCGUAGAAGGAGAGAAGCUUUACAUGGAGGCCGGGGAUGUUAUCCUGACCCCCCAAUGGCAAUGGCACGACCACGGGCAUGAAGGCAACGGCCCCAUGAUCUGGCUGGACGGGCUAGAUUUGCCUCUAUAUCACCAACUUCCAACUCACUUUGCUGAGCCUUACGAGAAGGAGCGAUACCCAAGCAAGACCUUCUUCAAAUCCAGGCCCGUAUCAAACAGCGCUCUCCGGUUUCCUUGGGAAGAAAUGAAGGCAAGGCUCGAUGCCGAAGACGCUCCUUGGGCACUGCAGCAUUACAGAAGCCCCUCCGGCGACUACAUUUCAGGGACGCUGGGAGCACAUGCAGAGAAGGUGCAAGCGGGGCAUCAGUCGAUGCCUAGGAGAGACACCUGUUCUUACGUCUACCAUGCCCAUACGGGCUCCGGCAAGUCUGAAAUCACCACGGCGAGCGGGGACAUCAAGACGGUGAGUUGGGGACCGCAUGACACAUUCGCGGUGCCUGCUUGGAGCCGGGUAGUGCAUGAAGCAGAUGGCGGGCAAGAUUGCUAUCUGUUCGUACUCUCAGAUAGGCCCUUACUUGAGCGCCUAAAGAUGUAUUCCACUGGAAAGUAG